AUGGCAGCACGACCAGGGGAAGAUCUUGCAGCUACUUUGUUCGCAGAUAUACAUUUUUACUAUGGACCACCAACGGCCAAACCUCCUCAUCACAGAUUUGAUAAAGGCUCAUAUGUCUAUCUUUUCGAGAAUGCAGGACAGAGAAGAGCUCGACUUGAAAUAGCUAACAAUGCCGGUACUCCGGAUCAAGAUGCUUUUACUGGCCAUCUCGAUUCUGCUCACAUCAAGUACUCUUACAAGCAUACCACACUCGUGUCUUUGACUGUAGAUGGACCAAAUGUACAGCAAAGAAAUAGCCCCAUUGGAACUCAAGAAUGGCAUCUACCAACUUUCGAUCCACGCAACGAGGUGAAAUACAUGUACAGACUUCACACUAUUGACUUGUAUUUCUGGAAUAAAGAAGAUGCACUCAAUUUUGUGAAUGGAGUGCGGAGAGUUCUGCCUCAACAUCAGAUUACGAUCGAGGAUGAGCCGGCACCGCCACCAUCCCACGCCGACGAUAUGAGUCCAGUGGUUCAACAAUUGGAGAACGUAGCUAUUUGGGACCCCUCAUACCAGCAUGGUAGAACCAAGACUUCUCGAACUUCUCCUCCAGCUGCUAUAAACGUCUCGUUUCCUGGACCGUCAAGUUCUUCAAGUCAACCAUCACAGGUUCCUACUGCCUUUUCCCCAAUGGCGUACAAUCCAGCUGCACCAGCUGCUCCUGAAGCUAUCCAGCAUCGAGAAAAGACACCUCCACCAGAAGACGGAGCUGGAAAUCCACUUGCCCAUGCAGCCACUUCAGAUCAAGAACAAUUCUCCCCACAAUCCCAAUAUCAGCAACAUCCAGGUUUUUUCGCAACAGCCCCACCACCACAAAUUCAAAGACAACAAACAUUCCCUAUGAUGUCUCCACCACAGCAGGCGCAUGGACAAGGAAGUUUCUCAGCAGCAAGCCCACCGCAACAUACCGAUACCCCUCCGAACUCCAACUAUUUCCCCGGCUCUGGCCCAUCUACAACCUCACUCCGUUCCCCAUUCUCCCAACAAUUCCCCCCUCAAACCCCUUCUUUUGCACCCCCACCUACAACAAACAGCCCUAACACCUUCGCGCCACCACCUACCGAUAAUAAUCCACCCCUCGCAACUCCCACCGGCCCCGCACCCCCGGCAUAUUCCUCUCCCCCACUCUCCCCCAACUACGCCCCCAUCACCCAAUACGCGACUUUUUCCUCCACCCCUUCCUAUCCAACCCACAACCUCCCUACCCCCGGCCUCUUCUCCCCCGGUUUCGCCCCCCAACACCAAAAUCCUCCUCUUGCUUCCCCUGCCCCAGGUCUCCAACCUUUAUCUCCCCCAGGAGGCUUCUCAAAUUAUAAUUAUACCGGUGCGCAAACGUCAGGGGGUCAGCCAUUGAUGACUCAAAGUGAUUAUAAUAUUCAUCAGCAAAUUUAUAGGCCGACGGAAGUAGAGGCUGAGUUAAAGAGGAAGGGGAGUGGACGUAAGAAGGAGAAGAAUGAUGGGAAGAAGGGGAAGGGUAAUGGGGAGAAUGGAAAGGGAAAGGAGAAGGGACCGAGGGGGAGACUGGAGGAUAAUGCGGGGAGAUUGGAGAAGAGCGUUACGGGCAUUUUGAAAAAGAUUGAGAAGAAGUAUGGAUAA